CGACAUCGUUUUGGGCCCUAACCGCGGUGAUUAACUAACUGACCAGGGUCCAGGAGAGAGAAAGCAUACCAAUAAAAAUCGCGGCUUGCUGUGUUGGCUCCUCCUCUCAUUUUGAUCCUUCCUAGUUCCUCCAGAUAAUUUGAUAAAAAUGGGGCUUACCUUCACGAAGCUCUUCAGCAGGCUCUUUGCCAAGAAAGAAAUGCGAAUUCUCAUGGUGGGUCUCGAUGCCGCUGGUAAGACCACCAUAUUGUAUAAGCUCAAGCUCGGAGAAAUUGUCACCACCAUCCCUACUAUUGGAUUUAAUGUGGAGACAGUAGAAUAUAAGAACAUCAGCUUCACUGUGUGGGAUGUGGGGGGUCAAGACAAAAUCCGUCCAUUGUGGAGGCACUACUUCCAGAACACACAAGGUCUUAUUUUUGUGGUUGAUAGCAAUGAUAGGGAUCGAGUUGUUGAGGCAAGGGAUGAAUUGCAUAGGAUGUUGAAUGAGGAUGAACUGAGGGAUGCUGUUCUGCUUGUAUUUGCCAACAAACAAGAUCUUCCUAAUGCAAUGAAUGCCGCAGAAAUAACUGAUAAGCUUGGUCUUCAUUCUCUCCGCCAACGUCACUGGUACAUCCAGAGCACUUGUGCAACCUCUGGAGAGGGUCUGUACGAGGGGUUAGAAUGGCUUUCCAACAACAUUGCUAGCAAGGCAUGAGAGUCAAGGUCAAGGAGUUUGGUUGCUUGACUUGGAGAUUCUGGGGAGGAUAGUUUUCCUUUAUUUCGAUGAAUGUUGUAAUAGCAGAAUGUUUUGGCGAGACGACGUCAGAAUUCAUGUGUGUAUUUGCUACUCUAGCUAUAAUGUUUAGCUGUAAACGAAGUUGCUAUGUUGUUACAAUCGUUUUGACGCAUGAGCCAAGUUUAUAUUUAUCGUGUUUGCUUCAA